AAAGUUGUCUGCAUUGAUUUGGUGAUAUUUUGCAAUAGGUUGGUAACAUGCAUUGAAAAAUUUCCUCAGUGUGCGUGUGGUGUGUGAGGACUGUGGUGAAAGGGAAGGAGUCCGCAGGAGUCCGUGGGCCAUAUCGAUAGUGUUGAAUGUGUAUUUGUAAACUGUCUUGAGUUGAGGCCAGGGCCAGAUGAUCAGAACACAAUUGAAAGCCCCUCGCCCGUGUGUUGCUUUUGGGAAAAAUCUCUUCAAAGCCACCAGUUUGUUCAUUAUUUGUUAGUCAUGAUAUAACAGUGGAAUCAAGUAGUGCAAAAUUCAUCGAACAUGAACCUUCAGACUUUGUUUCAGGAUUUCAAUCCUAGUAAGUUCCUAGUUCACGUGUGUUUAAUGGUAUUCACUGCAUUAUUUGCACUACAGUUGGAUGGUACUGUACAAUGGAGUUAUUGGACUGUUUUCAUCCCCAUUUGGUUUUGGAAAUUCAUGGUUAUAACAGGUGCUACUGUGGGGAGUUAUGUGUGGUGGCGAUAUCCUCAUUUUAGGCUUGAAGGAGAGGCCUAUGUCCACUACAAAGCAAUGCUCAUUAGUCUUGCCUUGCAUCUUAUUUUGUUGAUGUUUGAGUUGCUUGUCUGUGACAAACUGGAAUCUGGGAGGCAUUUAUGGAUUCUUGUAUUUAUACCUCUUAUAUUCAUUUCUAUUGUCUCGAUUGCUGUGUGCAUUUGGGCUGUUAAACAUGAUCGUUCUUUUGAGCUGGAGCUCUUUUGUUCUGUGAACAUACUCCAAUUUAUAUUUCUGGCUUUACGACUUGAUGGAUUCAUUUUGUGGAGUUGGGAAGUUGUGUUUGUUCCUCUGUGGAUCUUAAUGUGCUUAUCGUUAGUGGGUGUUUUGUACACUAUAAUUUUUGCGGGUAUCUUGUUACGUGCCCCUGAAGUAAACCCGCAGCAGCGACGAACUUCUUUCAAUUCAGCCUUGGGAUACACGUUCCUGGUGAUUCCCAUUCUCAUAUUUCAGGUUCUUCUGGCUAAUAAAUUAGAUGAAGAUAUUCAGCUGAGUUACAUCAGUGUUGUAUCUCCAUUAUUUUUUUCAUACAUCACACUAAUCCUGAUGUCUUUUGGUGCAAAAGGAGGAAAUAGAUGGUGGUUUGGUAUUCGAAAAGACUUCUGCCACUUCUUGCUUGGCCUGUGCCCUUUCCUCCAGGAGUACGCCAACAUCGCUUACAGUCUUCAAGCUGAGGAGACGUUUCAAGCUCAUUCAGGGCAGCAAGGGGCGAGUGAUACAGUGAUAGAUACAAAACCUGAAAAGAGAAUAAAAAAGACUGAAUUAAUGAAGCCUGUUGUGCCCAUUAUUUCCAUAGACAUGCCGGAUUGAAAGAUCAUGUGCAUUCGUUAUGUGGUCAACUAAGACUUCCCUGAAUGAGGGCCUCAAUGAAGAUAUGUCCACUGUGUUACUAGUGACGUGUUGAUAGUUCACAUAUGUUCAUCUAACUUGAGCAUGUCAUAAAUUUACAUUUGAUAAAAAUAUAUUUUUAUGAAAAGUAAAUUGAUCAAAUGGAGACUUUUGCCUGUUUCCAAAUUCCUCUUAAGUAUUGAUGCAAAUAUUUGUUAACUGUUUGCAAUAAUUGUUUACUGUCUGUCCAUUCUUUAGAUACACUUCAUUACAGAGAAAUGCCCUCUUCAGUGCUGUUUCAACCUAUUGAUACCCAAAAUAUUUCAUGGUUCAGAUUUGAUUCCUAUUGAUAUUUUUAUCUGUGAAUGAAGGAAGGAGAAAGGAAAACGAAGAAUUACUAUGAAAUUGUUUCUUGGGGAAAAAAAUGUUGUAAAAAGCAGUACUAAUGUUAGAGGGAACUAAAGCAACUCAGGGACUUCCAGAUUGUUCUUAUUCAUUAUUUUUGUAAUCCUAAUUUUGUUUUAACUUGAACAAUGCACGAUUGUUAUUGAACAUAAAGACAAACUGAAUUAAGAGAAUUAAUUCACUAUAAAUGAACUUCUUUUGUAUUUUCUGGAUGCUUACUUUUCUCAUGAAAAUACCGAAAGAGAUAGAAAUCAUUCACAAUAUAAACCAUUUUGAUACCCCAAUUUCAGGGGGGAAACUUUUGAUUCUGACAUGAAUGAAAAUUAUCUCGGUGCAAGUGAGUUUUUCUAAACAUUUUCAAACCAUUUAUACUUUAUUACCUUUAUAUCUUGUUAUUAUUUUAGGUGCCUUAAACAUAUUUUGUUUGUUCAAGAAUUCCAAUUAAGUUCUCUGUUCUUGCAGGAACAUAAAUCAAAUUUGGCAGCCCUAUAGAUUUUUUAAAUAGUAAACUAUAGUAAUGAAAUUUAUGCUUAUAGAUGUUGUAAAGUAAUUUUUAAAUAAGUGCCUAAAAAUUGCACUAUAUUUAAAAUUGCUAAUAAAAAACUAUAAGCAAAACAUUUUUUAUUAUGUCUACUUUUUAGACUAUUAUGUGCUCUGUAAAGCUGUCAGAUUUGUUUAAUCAACUUCCAAUUGGGUCUUAGAAUAAAACAUUUAUUCUUAAAUGUAUACAGACCUGAGGAGUAGGAUACUUGGGAAACUUGGGCUUGUCCCAUAUCCUGGUCAUUUUUGUUAUUAUUAAAAUUUGUAAUAGAAUUACUAAGUUCACAAUUUUGAAAAUUAUCAGUUUAUAAUUUCAUCCUUCUUUAAGUGCUUAUAUAUCUUAUUAUUAUUUAAUGAAAAGGGAAGUGAAAAUACAUUUUCAUUUCUUUAAUUUUGCAGAAAUAUAAUGAUGGAAAAGAAAAAAGAAAAACAACACAGAACAGCAAAUUUACUAAUAUUACUAAAUAAAGGACAACAAUACCAACAAACUUUCUGGUAUUAUAUUAAUGUUGUCAUUUAUUGUUGUUCAUUGUUUAGUCUUUGGGGUCAUAUAAAAUAUAAUAAUAGAAUUUUGUAAAACACAAAACACCCAAAUCAAUUCCAUGAAGAAGAAGAAAUGUAAAAAUUUGCAACAAGUGGCUGCACUUUCUUGCCCUGGUUUUACCACCAAUUAGCAACUUUACAAAGAAUAAUUAAAGGGGCCUGCAAACAUAUGAGAGACAUUUAAAUGUUCACCAAGUUGUAUGUGGGAGAACCUAUAACAUGCCAGGACACUCCAAAAUGUCCACAAACCAAAUGUGUUGAAUGACUUGUCACAAGCAACUAAAAUAAAAUCAAAAAAUACAUGGAAGAUAUUAAUGUGUAUACGGUUUUUAAAUCUUCAGAACUUUUUUCUCAGAUUUACCCCUGAAUCAAAGUUUUUUAGGAAGUAGGGUAUUAAAAUCCUUAAUUUUACUAUGAUUUGUGCUAUAUUCACAUUCAUGUACCCUGAAUUAAAACAAAACAAAACUUUAUAAUGAAAUAUAAAACUGCUUAGGUGAAUUAUAAGUACUUCCAUGGAUUUUUUUUUCCUUGCUGUGAAAGUUGUGUGCCCAUGAUGUAUUCAUUAUGGGGAACCAGUUGUCAUGUAGUACCUCUCCUUAUGAUAGUUGUUGCUGUUGUGUGGUGGUGUGUGUGUGUUUGAAAAAAUGCUGGGUAAAAAUGAUCAUCUUGUAUUUGGGUAAAUGUGGUAUAUACAUUUUGCCAAUGUUUUAUUCGCCAUAGUGUGACUUCCCUAGGAGGAAAUGCGAAAAAGAUUGCCAUAUGACUGAAAUGUUGGCAACUCUACCUGGGUCACAGUCUCUCCUGGUGAGUCAGGUAUCUAUUGACUCCAGCUGCAGAAGGGUCAUGUUUUAGUCUUUCUGUGAUUUUUAAUUUGAAUGGAUACCAUUAUAAUAUUAAUGUCAAGCCUUAGAUUUCCAUUUUAUGAAGUUGCAAUUAAUUUAGUGUGCUUUUUAUCUAAAUUAUAAAAGUAUAAUUUCUCUU